AUGCCACGGGGCCGCGGGGGCCGACGGGAGCGCGCAGUGAGCCGGAAGUGGUCCCCGCCCGGCGUGGCUGCGGCGGGCUUCCCGGCGGCGAGCAGGGUCGGCGUCCGGGGCUGGGGAGGUGCUGGUGGAGAUAACCUGGGAUGGGGAGUCUGUCAGGGCGACAGCAGAGUUCAGGAGACGGAGCUCUGGGCCAGAGCCGGCAUUAAUGAGAAAUUGUUCGUAGUCAGGCCCAUGGAGGGAGCGAAGGUGUCCGUGGACCCGAUGGCCUACGAGGCCCAGUUCUUCGGCUUCACGCCGCAGACCUGCAUGCUCAGAAUCUACAUCGCGUUUCAGGACUACCUGUUUGAGGUGAUGCAGGCCGUCGAGCAGGUUAUCCUGAAGAAGCUGGCCGACAUGCCGGGCUGUGAGAUCAGCCCCAUCCAUAUUCGCAAAUGCACUGAAAAGUUUCUUGGCUUCAUGAAAGGCCGUUUCGAUAACCUUUUUGGCAGAAUGGAGCAGCUGUGUUUGCAGCUGAUCCUGCGCAUCCCCCCGAAUGUCCUGCUUCCGGAAGAUAAGCCUCAGGAGAUGCAUCCUUGUACCGAGGAAGAAUUCCAGCUUCUCCAGGAAGAAAUCGAACAGCUGCAAGAGAGGUAUAAGACUGAAGUUGGUGCUAAGCAGGCCCUCCUUGCAGAAUUAGAGGAACAAAAAAUCGUUGAGGCCAAACUUAAACAGACAUUGGCUUUCUUUGAUGAGCUGGACAAUGCCGGCAGAGAUCAGGGGACUAGUGACUUUAGGGAGAGCUUGGCAUUCCUGGUCCAGAACUCCAGAAAACUCCAGACCAUCAGGGACACUGUGGAAAGGGAAAGCAAAAGAAUGAAAAUAUCUUAAUUUCUCAGGAGGCGCAGGAGCUCAUCAGAAAGCAGAACAGCAGGGAUUUCUGUCCUGACACUCUUGUGCGCCGUCCACGCGACGGGACUUCCUUUGUUUGCUCUCUGUUGUGCCCCGUACCUCCUUCUGCCUUGGUCUGCUCUGCUGAGGUCGCUCUCCCCGUCGGGGACUAAUCUCCAGAGCAUCUGUUUCCUGGAGACCUCUCGCCGGCGGGACGGAAGCCCUGGUCCAGUAGCAACUCGCUGGGCCCCUUGACUAGAGAGGCAGGGCUCUCCCUGGCUGGUCGGAGACGCGUGUGAAGCUGUUCCUUGGUCACCCGUCCUUUGUGACCUUGGUCCUUUCAACUGACUCUGCAUAGGAUCACAUGAAAAAAAAGGUAAGGUGGGGGCCUUCGUUACAGACCAGCCACUGCCCCGCAACACAUCACAGCCUGCCUGCCCUUGGCGGUGAGCCGGGCUUCCGUGGGGACGUCCGCUGAGGGAGAGAAGGAAGUUGAACGCAGCCGUGAUCUUCAGUAAAGAGCACAGAACUUCAAUUCGUUCCUGAGCUGGAGCCUCUCUGUGAUGGUGGAACAUGUGGCGUCUGGGAGCCCAGCGGGGGAUGACCGUGGACGGAGAAGAGGCAGGUCUCACCAGGGUAGAAGGGGAAGCCUGGAUCAGAGCCACGGGCAAAGCCGAUGUGAGCUGACCGCUGGGCAUUUAUUCAUUUUGUUCCUACUUGAGUGAGUUUUGGAAUCUGCCCCUGUACCUAGUGUUUUUAACUUAUUUAUUCAUACUCCUAAGCAUCAAGUAUUUAGUCCCCACAGUAGGAAGGUUUUAGCAGUGAAUAGCAGUGCCCGCUCUUAGACUUUGCCCUCCGUGUCUUCCUAAAGAACGGGAUGCAGACUUCUCCUUUGUGCCAGAGAGUAACUCGGGACAUUAAUGUUUGCAAUCAAAUAUUCAUAGAUUUAAGGUGCCUGUGUUUACCUGGAAUGUGUUUAUUAUGAAAGACUCCUUUUUCCAAUCCUGUACAUGAAAUACAUAUAUUUUAAAGGC